AUGGGUUCAAGUGCACCAGAUUCCACAGUUUUGAAGAGCUGUAGAGAUCGUUCUCCUACUUCCUCUGUUGUCAAGCUCUCUCAGGUUACUGCCAUCAACAACAAAUACGAGUCACCUCAGUUCGAAUCCGGUGGAUACAACUGGAGAAUGGUUCUGUACCCUAAAGGGAACGAAGAGGACAACGGAAGUGGGUUUGUGUCGAUGUAUGUGGAACUUGACAAGAGCUGCCUCUCAUCCUCCACAACAUCACCCACGGAGGUCUUUGCUCAUCUCUCUUUCUUUGUUUUUAACAAGAAAGAGAACAAGUACUUCUCUGUUCAAGAUGUUGAAGCAAAGCCGUUCAACUCUUCAAGAACUGUGUGGGGAGUGUCAAAAGUUCUUCCUCUUGACAAGUUCAAUGACCCUGAACAAGGCUACAUUGUGGAUGGGGAAUGUGAGUUUGGUCCUGAUGUCUUGGUUGCUCCACCCCAGGAGAAACUCGCUUUUCCCAAAUUCACUUGGCGUGUUAGGGAUGUCUCGCUGCUGAAAGGGAAUGAUUGCAUUUCAAAGAUCUUUCCAAUGAAAGAAAAGAACUGGAGUUUAAAGCUGUUUCCGAAGGGAAAUUCUGGUGGAAAUGGUGAUUUGACCAUGGCUUUGCAUUUAGCUGACAGUGAAGUCUUGCAGCCUGGUGAGAUGGUUUCCGUGCGAGCUCAGCUGCGGAUUCUCGACCCGCGUGGUUCCAAUCACAAGACAGUACGGCUUAACAGUUGGGUCAUGAACUCUAACAAAGCGAGGGGUCUUGUUCAAACCAUGCCUUUAGCUGAACUUGGGGAGGCCUACUUGGACACUGAAGAUCCUGUGAACGUGGAGAUGGAAUGUGAAGUCCUCAACUCCAUCAGCAACCACCCCCUUUUUAAUUAG